ACGCACACAUUCUCGUUACGUAUUGACAUUUGUGACAGCUCGAGGAAAAGAAGAUGAAAUCUUCGAAUAUAUUUUUGUGAUACAUUUAAUAAAGUUUUUUUGGUUAAACUAUUCAUAUUGUUUUUAUGAAAUUGAUAAGUGCCGGCUUAAAUUUCAUACACAAGUGAAAACUAGUUGACCAACUUCAAGAUUUCGCCAAUAAAACGAUAUUGAAAAACAGGCGGUGCACGACGGCCCCUGAGUGCUGUGAGCUAAAAGAGAGUAGUGUAUUGCAUGCAGUGUGCCGACUUUGCAUGCGGCUGCUGUGCCAUAAGAGCCCCAACCACGAGCAGCUGUCAAACGGGAGCAGAAAAUUCUCGCACAAAUUGCUGGUGAAAGAACGGCAUGCACUUGCGGCUACCUGCAGUACGGACGUAUAUAAGUAUUGAAAGUUACAUUUGGAUUACGCGAUUUAACGUUAUACGGCUGCCGUACAAUAUUACUUUAUAAAAUAUCGCUAAUAUAUCAAUAGUUUUAUUGUUUGUUGCAAACGCUAACUAACCGUAACUACACCACCAACUGCCAGUCCAAGCUGACACCACAAUUGUUGCAAACAUGGAUGUCUAUGAUGUUAGUGACGAUCUUGUCAAGAAGCUGAAUGAUUGGAAGCUCAUUAGCAUUAUAUCGGGGAAAUUUAAUGAGCUGAAAGAAAACUAUUCUAAAGUUAACUUUGUUGAACAUGUACUGAUCGAUUUUAAAUAUAUUGACAAAAUAGUGUUAAAUAACAAACUGCGCGAGGAGAAAUGCGACAAAAAGAGUUCCGAAUUUCGUAUGCUGGGCAACGAGCAGUUUUCGCUGAAAAAUCGCAAAUAUUUUCAAGCGUUGGAGCUAUACAAUAAAAGUAUUUGCUAUUCUGAGCCGGGUUCAGAGAAUCUCUCUAUCGGAUACGCUAAUCGUUCUGCGGUGCUUUUUGAAUGGAAACGUUUUCGUGAGUGUCUAGUUAAUAUUGAACUAGCACGUAAAGCUAAUUAUCCAGAACGUUUAAUGCAUAAACUCGAUAAACGCGAAAAUGACUGUCGCCAAUUACUGGCAAAGCAAGCACCCGAUGUUCAGCCCUACGAAUUUCAGAUGUCUUUUGAACCACACCGUAAAGUACCCAUCAUUGCGGAUUGUCUCGAAAUGCAAUAUACCGAAGAUGAGGGACGUUUUAUCACCACGAAACGUGAUCUGGUCGUAGGUGACCUUGUCGCCACAGAAGAACCAUUUUGUUCAACACUCUUGCCACCGAUGCGGUACAUACGUUGUGCCACCUGCAAAGUGGAAAACUACUUAUCACUUAUACCCUGUGAGAGCUGUUGCUCGGUCAUGUUCUGUUCGGAGAAAUGUCGCGAUCGUGCUGUUGCAACUUUUCAUAAAUACGAAUGCCCCAUCAUCGAUCUACUACAUAAUAUGUUCAACAAAAUUCAUUGCAUCGCGUUGCGCGUGUGCUUGUCUGCAAUUGAAAUCUUUCCCACCAUUGAAGAGUUGAUGGCGUUCUGUGAGGAUCCGGAUAAUCAAAAUAAGUCUGCAUUCGAUUUGGACUUUACGAAUUUCACACCACGUGAACACUAUCGCGCCAUACAUGGACUAGUGACGAAUCAACAUUUACGUUCCGUAUCGGAUCUAUUUCAGCGCUCAGUGGUGUGCGCUGUACUGAAGCAUUUUGUUAUCGACUAUACGCCUUUAAAAGAAUACCUAGGUGGUGAAGAGGGCGAAAACUUUUUCACUGAACUGCUAUUCAGACAUCUACAGACAUCACCAUCCAACAUGCACGGUAUCGACUUGGUAGAGCAAGUGAAUGAGACAAAGGAUGAUACAACACAUUCAUCGGGUGCUUUUGCCUUCCUGUCUCUGCUUAAUCAUUCGUGUGCACCGAAUACACUACGCGUGUACCAGGGCACAAAGGCAUAUCUAUUUGUCUUCCGUCCAAUACCUGCCGGCGGAGUGCUGUAUGACACUUAUGGUGCACAUUUUGCCGUUUCACCAAGAACGCAGCGUAUACAAAGACUCUCCAUGCAAUAUCGUUUCACCUGCAAAUGCGAAGCCUGCGUAAACGACUACCCCAGCUAUGGGAAUCUGCAACCGAAAAUGUUCGUGCCCUAUGUGAAUGACGAGACGGACAAUGACAGUCUGAUACGUUAUGACUACGACUUCGCAUUGGAUAAAUACCGUAAAUAUUGUGAAUUCCUGACGAAACAUGCGAACGAUUAUCCCUGCGCCCAAAUCAGCUCUGCAGAGGAAUGCUUAAAAAUGGCAUUGCAUAUACUCGUCGAUGCAGUGCCGUUAAAGGCUAAAAUGUAAACGGUCUCAAGCCACCAGUAUCACACAAACACACAUCUAGCCACAAGCACGCAACAUGUGUACGCUUGCGAAAAAGUCAAAUUUUGUUUUGUUUUUAUUUUAAUUUUAAUUUUUUUUUUAUUUUUCAAUUGCAUUAUACAUCUUCGAACAUAACAUCAACAAUCACACAUGCACACACACAUAAGGAUGCGUUUGCAUAUAUUUAAUAUAAAUCGACGUUUAAAUGUUGCCAUAAAUGAUGAAAUCGUUGUGGUGAUUAUGAUUUUCGGCUAAACAAUCGGUUUUUGUAGUGUUAUAGUUUUUUCGUACUAGUACGUGACGAGUAUUAAUGGAAAAACAAAGCAAUUUAUUUGGAGCUCAAAGUGUUGCACAUUCAAUGGCAUUAUUGCAUAACAACAACCGACACUCUGGGAAGCAUUAGUGUGGCAGCGGCGAUUUUAACACCUUUUUGGUGUGGCCACACGGAAGUGCGCGCAUAAAAACCAUAUCCAAUUGCAAAGAAAUAAUUGUUACAACUUUUCACUUUCAUACAUUUGUGUAUAAACAAAAACAAAAAUAUUUGUGUGCAGUGGUAUGUAGGUAUAUGAAAUUAAAAAAAAAAACUAAAACAAAACAAAAAGGAAAGUGUAUUCGUUUUUGCGGCAUUUUGCAAUUUAACGCCAACAAACACAACAAAUGUUUUAUAAUAUUAACAUACAUAUACAUAAAACAAAUUCAUUUAGGCUUAAUUACAAACGUGCAUCUGCUGCUGAACUACAACUAACGAAAAAGCUUUUUGUGUAUAUUUUCCGUGCAGUGAAACAAGUGAAAGUGUAAGAAAAAAAAUAAUUUGCAAUUAUUAAAAUAGAGACGUGUUUAUUUGAUUUAGUAACAUUAUUUUUUGCAAUACGCGAGUGAUUGUUGACCUACAUAUAAAGUAUGUAUACAAAAAUUAAAAAAAAAAUUGUUUAUUUGAUAUAAAAAAAGAGAUUUGAAUGACUUUCGUAAACUAUGUAAAAAGUAUUUAAUUGCAAUAUACGCGUUUUGCACGUAAUAUUUAUACUUUUUGAAUUGUAGAAAAUGUGGAAAUUUAACGGUUUUUCUUCUAUGAACAAUUUUAUUAGCAUAGUAUUUAAGCCGAAAACUGAUAUUAACCUAGCUUACAAACUCAACAAGAAUAUUUUUGAAUUAUUUACGCGCGUUUGUAGGCAAUAGACAAUACAGGCAAUUUUCUAUACCGUAUAAGUGUUACAUAUUUCUCACAACUCGAAACAAAUUGUAAUAUUAAUUUCAUGCAAGUAAUGGUAAAAUGACUGAAAAUACACACAAAAGGUUUCUUAACGAUUUCUAAACAAUUCGUGUAUAAAUGAAAACACUUUAUUUUUAAAUCUAUAUAAUUUCUAGUUUUUAUUAUGCUUAAAUAUUUUCAAUACAUUUAGUGCACAACACAUUGUGCUUUCUUCAAUUUUGUUUUCAUUUUUUUUAAUUUUCUUUGUUUUUAACAAACCAUGUAAUUUCUAAUUUAUUCUAAAGCAUUUUAUUGUAUGUUAAAGCAGUUAAAGAGUUAUAAAAACAAAACAAAACAAACAAAAAAGAAAACAAAAACAAAACGAAUAUUAAGUAAAGAAAAGAGCAACAACACUAACUUCACAAAGCAAACCCAAAAUGAAAACGAAAAAUAAAAUAAAAUUUAUUUUAAUAGAUGAAACUAACAGCGCAUAAUA